GAAAAACCACAAUUCCCAUGAUGCACUUGGAAUUACCGUGGCCGCUGGACGGGGGAAGGGAAGCUGAGAUUGGAGGGAGAAACAGUCACAAACUGAGAUAGUGUUUACAUAUGACAGCCCCUCCUCAGGACCAUACAAGAAGUCUAUCCAUGACCCACAUCUCACUGGACAACUGCUCUUCUUACUUUGGACGUGUGCUGCCGUUUCACGUGAGGCUGAAGACAUAACCCAGCUGUGGUGCAAGUCAAAUUAAACUGUGUACCUCGACGAGGUGCGUCGUGGGAUUUGCCUACAGUACCAAAGUAAUGACGUGUCUCGGACGGGGAGAGCCCAGCCCUGAAAAGCAAUGUCGUCAUCCAGCUUCUGUGCACCUCUGAUGGGGCUGAGGAGUGAACCCACCGGCCAAGCAGAUCUGUGGAGGAGAGGAAGGAGGCAGGUUUCCAGGAAACUUGUGCAUUGAUGGAUAGCCAUUUCCUCCUGUCAGCACUUGUAGACUGAUACCUGCACAUUCCUCUCAGUGUACACACACUCAAGGUUAGACUCUGGAGUAGCUAAUAAAACCAUCGACACCACACACACACACAAUCAUCAAGAAAGAGAUGCGCCCUACGUGGAUUUCUUCUGCCAGCGACGGUUUUCUGAAAUCAUACGGGUGACUGUGGACACUGAGUUCUCUGUGUAUGUGAGAAGAGAAGCAUCGAUAUUAGGCAGUCACUACAAAUGUGCACUACAGACACCAUGGUGGUCCUUACAUCAGCUCCUCAGCCCGUCUCAGUCCACGACUACAGAAGCCUCUAGAGGCCAGGAUCAGGAACACGCUCGCCAGCCAACACACUCCUAUGCAAUGGAAGAAGACAUUGAUGUCACAUCCCACACUGAGGGCCUGAAUGGUUUGUCCCGUGAAUGUAAACCAUUAGAGGAAAUCACCAAUGGACACUCCACCCAUAAGCCUGUCAUGAACGGACUGAUAAUCAGUCACAAUGUCAAAGACCACAACAACGGCAGUGCACCACUCAGAUCCCUGCCGAUUUCAGCACUGAAGCAGAACGGUCUUCUGCAGACCCUGGCAGCCGGAGGGGACCAGCCUAAUCCUGCAGAAGAAAAUGUGGAGUUGGAAAAGGCCAGACAGGAGUGGGAGGCUCUGGAGAACGUCCAACCAGCUCUCACUGAGGACUCAAACCCAACCCCGAUCAUCUCCUUCAAUGAAGCCCUGCAGUACUUCCAGACCACAGACCUCGGGGACUUGCUGAAGAACAUCCAGCCGACCAUUCGCAGGACGGGCCUCGCCGCGAUCACACACUUCCUCUUUGGACCUCCACGGCUGCACAGGGAACUCCUGGAGGAGAGAGACCUGGUCUUUGCCAUCGCACAGUGCCAUGUGGACAACAGCCAAACAGUCCACAUGCGCGUCCUCCAGACCAUUUACAAAAGGCUGAUUGGCAGCAGGCUGGACUGUCCUCGCUACGGGGCGCACUGGGAAAACAUCGGCUUUCAGGGUACAGACCCAGCCACUGACCUACGUGGCACUGGUUUUCUGGGACUGAUGCAUACUCUGUACUUUGUGAUGGACCCAGAGACUCUCCCGCUGGCUAGAGACAUCUACAAGUUAUCACAACACCCUAGACAGAAUUUUCCAUUCAGUGUGAUGUCAAUCAACAUGACCCGCAUCGCUCUGCAAGUACUCAGAGAGGAAGCCUUGUCCAAGGAGUGCAAUCGUCGUCAGCAAGUGGUCGGUGUGCUGAAUGAGUUCUACGUUGCCACGUAUCUGCACUUGUACCAACUGUGGAAGACCCAACAGAAGACCAUUGCUGACUCUGGCUUUGUACUAAAAGAGGUGGAGCUGUUUGCCAAAAAGAACCCCAAGCAGAUGCUGCGCCGACUAGAGGUCUUCCUGAAAGAGAGGCGGACAGGUGGAAUCCCCCGUGGGACGUCGCCAGACCCUCAGGCCCAACAGCCGUCUCCCAGCCUGGGGGAAAGAGGGGCCAGAGCCGGGACGGGACAGGGAAGCAAGGGAAAGGAGAUGCACUUCACAGGAGUGUGUGAUCUACCGCCAGACAUGGAGGGAGAGGCCAGACUCAUCUAAGCUAGACUCUGUGUGAGUGUGUGUGUGUGUGUGUGUGUAUGUGUGUGUGAGCAGUUGUGAGUGUAUCUAUUACGGUAUGUGCGAGUGGCUUACUCUCAGAGAGCUAGAACCCCACCAGACCCCGAUCUAGGACCUGCUAUCUGAACCCAUUCAAACACUUCCACUCCUUCCACUGAUGCUGGGGUGCUGCACUUUGAUCAGAUUAAGCUUUUUUUUUUAUUAUUAAUUAAUGAUUACAUUUUUUUUUUUUUUUUUUUAAACAGUCGAAUCUUAAACCGCUGAUGCAGGUCAGAAACAAAAGAUGUCACAAAAAAAACAAGAAAGUGAAAUGUUUGCGCUUUUCUGUUUCGUUUUCGUAGCCAAAUUUAUCGCUGCCAAAUUCUUGUGGUUAAACGCUACCUGCCUAGAAGUCCAGAACAUACACACCUGUGUCCCCGGAGUCUCUCAGUCAGGGUAUGUCAGCAUUGCAGAGUUUAGGGGGGGGGGGGGGUACAGCUCCCAUCACACGAGCACGCAAACAAGCUCCCAACGCAAGCCGAGGGCAGCGAAUUGUUAAACGCUCUGUUGACUUGUUGGUAAGAGAGGAAAUAAUCAGUGAAGCUCUGCGACAGCGGCGGAUUGAAAAACCCCCCACAGAGAAAAAGGGUAGUGAUUUUUUUUUUUUUUUUUUUUUUUUUUUUUUGAGCGGGGAGCAGAAAUGUUCUCAAACAUCUUUGAAUGCAGCUUGCUUUGAAGGUCCGAUCACUUUGCAUUCUCUAUUACGGCGUGAAUGAAAUAUAUGUCAUGUGACAGAUGUGAAAGAUGCAGAAGCAUAAGUCCAGAUGUGCGGAGGUAUAGCUGUUGGUGUCAGGGGGGGGUCUGAUAGACUAGGUCCAGAGCUCCCACUUAAUAUGGGGGAAUAUAUUUUAAAUAAUUAAAAAAAAAAAACUAUUUUAGUCUUUUCUGAAGCUGUCAUAACUUCAGUUACCUAUAAAAAGCACUUCAGAAACUUUGUGAUUAAUCUGAUGGCUGAGCGACCGAGAGAAGGAUUUUUAAAGUCCGCCGCAGCGUCUGAAAAAUCUUCGCGGUUAAAGCCACGGAGACACUUCAUAACAGAGUCUGUGUGUUUGGCUUAAAGUCGAAGGUCUGGUAUGAGCUUUCUCUACAUUCCGUUAUAAAGCAUGUGAUUGUAAUUUUUUUGUUUUUGUUUCAUCAGUUCAAAGUGGAGUGUGUGUGUGUGUGUGUGUGUGUGUGUGUGAUGAAUGAGCUGAUAUUGAUGAAGGGUGCCUCUCUCUAGGAGACGUAUGGUACAGUAUGCAAUCCCAGCUCUUACUCAACGAUAAUCAAAACGAUAGUGCUGUGUGACGAUAGAAAUCGUUCCUAACUUUCAGGGUUUGUGCGCUUGUUGCAAGCGAGUGUGUUCAUAUGGGUGUGUGUGUGUGUGUGUGUGUGUCGUAUGACAGGAACUGACUACAGAUGGGGUGCUUUCCUCUGCACACAAUAAGCCAGCUUUACUAAGUACUUGAUCCAUCAAGCUGCAAAGACGGUACUUUUGUCAUUUUAAAAAUGGUACACAACAUUUCCGAGGACAAGAUUUAUCCUGACAGGACUCAUUUCUUUCUUUAUUUUAUUUUUUUUUUAAAUAAAGCACGUUGGUUCUGGAUGCAGCGGCUCGUGUGGCCUGGAAAUGGAUAGAGCUCCUCAGCAAAGCUGGUUCCUGCUUUGUGCUAAUGUGAAACCGUCUCCCAUCGUCGUAGUCUUCAAUCUGUAGCAUGUUCAGGUAGCACUAGUACUGUAGCAUCCUAUAGCCUCCUCCUCCUCCUCCUCCUCCCCCCUUCUCCUCUUCGUAAAAGCUUGUUGAUGUCACGUCUCAGUUACAGUCCGUAGUGUCGACGAGUGCGCAAUCUGUUACUACUAUAGCACAUUUAUUUGCAUUAAGUCUCCUUCAGUAGGUUUAUAGGUGGUGCAGCCGGAGAGAUGUGGGAUAGGCUCGACUUGUUAUUGAGCUCGACCUUGUCUUCUAAGAAGGUAACAGUAAACAAAAAAACAAAAAAAAGGUGCCUACAUCCAGUGGAGCCAUGUUGGGGUUAGAGCGCUGGUUGGUCCUCGCUUCCUUUUUAUUUUCUUUCUUUCAUCCGAGCCACCGUGCCACAGUAGACUUCCUCCAUCCACGUGACGCAGUAAACCCCUAAAACAUGCAGGCCUAAUGGAUAUAUACAUAAAAACACACACAGGCAUGUAUAUUUUCUGUUUCUGUUUUCUCCACCUUCAAAAAAAAACAAAAAAACGAGCUGAUGUAGUUUAGCCUAAUCGUUUGCGAGUGUUGUUGAUCGAACAGGAAAAAAAUCUUUGCACUGUUGUAGAUAUUUGAUAGUAUGUGUGACGUAUGCAAGAGGAAAGAGGCCAUCUUCAAUAGCCAUAAACGUUUUGCCAUCGUCGUCGCCCACCUCAUGAAAACAGGCUUCGUGGAGUCCGAUUCCCCCUCCUCGCUCUAAAAAAAAAAAGAAAAGAAAAGAAAGAAAAACAAGUGCACCACAGAUAUGAUCUCACAUUUAGUUUUAUUAAAUUUUAAACUGAGGAGCAGUACAGUGUAUGUAAAUCAGGAAGUUUGUAUAUAGAGAAUUAAUGAUUGUAACUGUAUGAUUGUCUGUAGGGCAUUAUACUGAAACACAUUGCUUACCUCAAGACUUGAGACAAAUCUCUCCUUUUCUCUCUCCUGACGUUUGUUUGGCCUCUCAGUCAGACUCUUUAUCUUUUUAUGUUUCCUCGUACCUAGGCCUUCUCUCUCAUACCAAUUGGACAUGUUAUAUAAUGUAUAUUCAACACCUGAAACACUACGUAAUAGCAAACUAACACAAAAGCUGGUCAAUGUUACGUGUAUUCUAUUUAAAGACACAUUUAUAGACACUAUAUAGGCCCACACACGCUCUGAUGCACAUCUGCAGAUAAUAAAAAGAAGUCCUUUGUUUGAAAAAAAAAUCAAUCUAUAAUUGGCUGAUGUUUACCAUGUUUGAAAUAAGCUGGUUUUCUUGUGGCUUCAGUGAUAGUACAGUAUACUUUUGCUGUGUUUAAGUGUUUGAUGUCCGGGAAAACACUCCGAAACAAUCCAGUCUUUACAGCUACGGUCACAAACAAACAGUUCAAUAUAUGAUUGUAAAGAUAUAGGCUUGAUUAGCAGUCAUAAUACGGUGUAUGCUUUGACCUUGGUAUAUAUUCAGUAUCCAAACAAGGCCUGAUUUAUCCUCUCAUAUUACCAAAAGUUAUAUUUUCAGCCGUUGUAAUAGAUCAUAUUCUUAUGCGUUGAUCAUCGUUUGGAAUCUCCUCAGUUGUGAAACCAGAACCAAGAGAAAAGAAAAAAAAACGAGACAAAAAUAUAUUUAAAAAAAAAAACAAAAACAUAAAAAAACGGGUUCUUGCAGGAUGUCGGAUGCUCUGAGAGGUGCGGUGUGAAGUUCUGCUCCUUGCAGCAGCAGCAGGUUCGGCAAAUUACAAUCACUUCUCUCAAGAUCCUGCGCUUUAUAUGAAGGUGUUUUACUGUCGCCGUCGUCGUCAUGUCCCUCAGAGCAUUUUAUGACUGUACCUUGAUUGUAGAAGCCCUAUUUUAUACUGAGAGUUAUUUCAGAAUACAGUAUGUGCUGUUGUACAUUAAAUGUAUUGUAUGGAGAAAGCUAAAUAAAUGCUGUUUAAAAUCUA